AUGGGCAAGCCGAUUCCCAUCAUUCUAUCUUUGCUCUGGUCCUUUGCCCACCCUGUACUCGGGCUUUACCAAAGUUACGACCCCACCACAACGGACCCGGAGUAUGCGGUAUCAGGCGUCGGCGACCCGACCUCGACGGACGAGACAUUUACGUCCAACGGCAUCAGCACCGGAGCCAAGGCCGCGAUAGGCGCGGUUGUAGGGGCCGCCCCCAAGCAGCCCACCGCCGCCGAGAUCCGCCACUGCCUGCUCGUCGCCCUCCGCAACCAAGUCAUCUCCGUCGUCCUCGCCCUGGGACCGUACUACCUCUCCGCCCUCGCCGCGCACUUCGUCGCCUGCUGCCUCUUGCGCGAGGUCCUGUUCUACUACGCCCACCGCCUCCUGCACACCCCGGGCCUCUACCGCGCCGUCCACAAGAUUCACCAUCGCUUCACCGCCCCCGUCGCCCUCGCCGCCCAGUACGCCCACCCCUUUGAGCACGUCGUCGCCAACGCCUUGCCCCUCGCCAUCCCUCCGGCCCUGCUCCAUUCCCACGUGCUUACCUCCUGGGCGUUCCUUGCCUUUACUCUCUUCGAGACUUGCACCGUGCACAGCGGUUUCGACUUCUUUGACGGCGCCGCCUGGAUGCAUGAUGAGCACCAUCGCCGCUUCACCGUAAACUUUGGCGUCUUUGGCCUCUUGGACCGCUUCCACGGAACAGGCGUGGAGAAGCCCCAGAAGACUGCCGGCAAGACGCAGUAA